ACCAUUCCAUACUUUUGCCUUUGCCUCGCCGUUACGGAAAAACAAAAACAAAACAAAAAGCUCUUAAUUUCAGCUUCUUUCUCCGACAUUAACAUUGUUUUUUUUUUUUUUCAAUCUUUUGCACCAUUCUUUUUCCAAAUAUUUCAUGGAGGAUAUUGAAGUUCCCAAGUAUUUCAUCUGUCCCAUAUCUUUACAAAUCAUGAAAGACCCCGUGACGGCCUUAACUGGUAUCACAUAUGAUCGCGAGAGCAUUGAGCAAUGGCUAAUCACAGGCAAAAACACCAGCUGUCCAGUCACCAAGCAACCUUUGCCUAGAGAUUCUGAUUUAACGCCUAACCAUACGCUGCGUCGCUUGAUCCAAGCCUGGUGCGCUGAGAAUGCUUCGCUUGGCGUUGACCGGAUUCCUACGCCUAAACCUUGCCUUGAUAGAUUCCAUUUCCUUAAACUCAUCAAAGAGUUUCAACAGCCUGAUUCGAAGAUGAAAGCUCUCAGAGAACUGCAUUUAUUGGCGGCGUCCAAGAAUGAAAGAAACAGGAAGUAUAUGGUGGAGGCUGGGGUGCCUAAAGUUAUAUUAUCAUUUAUUGUAAAUUGUUCCAUGGAAGACAGUAUCAAUGGCCUGGAAGAAGCCCUAAGCGUACUUUUUUAUAUUCGAAUUCCAGCCGCUGAAGCAAAUUUGUUUCCCAAAGAAAAUCAUCAGAUUAUCAAAUCAUUGAUAUGGGUAUUAGGACGUGAAUUCAAAAACCAAGUUAUGGUUAAAUCCCAUGCGGUUUUAACAUUGAAAACGAUCAUUGAAACAGCAAGUUCUAUUUUACUGGAAAGAUUAGAACCACAGUUCUUUGAGAUGAUUGUAGGAGUUUUGAAACAAAGCACCAGUGUCACUCAACAGGGAAUGAAUGCAGCUUUGCAUGUUCUAUUAGAUGCUUGUCCUUGGGGAAGGAAUCGGUUAAUGAUGAUUGAAUCAGGAGCAGUUUCUUCGCUUAUCGAGCUUGAAUUGGGAUCACCCGAAAAGAGAACCACCGAGCUUAUUCUGGGAAUACUCUUCCAUUUAUGUUCUUGUGCAGAUGGGAGAGCUGAGUUUCUUAGCCACAAAGGCGGCCUUGCCGUGGUGACAAAGAGGAUUAUGAGAGUUUCUCCCACGGCGGACCAUCGAGCCAUCUUGAUUCUUUCAUUGAUAAGCAAGUUCUCUGCUACGAAUUUGGUUGUUCAUGAAAUGUUGGAUGUUGGAACUGUAACUAAGCUUUGCAUGUUGCUGCAAGUUGACUGUGCAACGUAUUUGAAGCAAAAAGCUAUGGAAAUCCUUAGAUCACAUUAUGAUGAGUGGCAAAAGUUCCCUUGCACCGAUAAAACUCUCUUUGACAAGUUAUACUAAUGAAAUUCAACAUUAGUUCUAAACUUAUUAUAUUUACUUUUCUUAUUACUAUGUAAUUGUGAACUAUUAUAUUCACAACCAAUUAUCCCAAUUUUUUCUAUGCGCAUGUCAUAAUUGAAUGUAUAUAGACAAUUUGGACCAUUGGUUGUGAAUUUAUAGAUAUAUUUUUUUAAUUUUGGUGAUUAAUUUAUUAAAAAAAUUAAAUACCGUUGAGAUAAUUUAAGAUACAUUUGAACUUAGUUCAAAUGGUUAAUUUCUUAUAAUUUUUGUUAAUUGUAAAUAUCAUUACCAUAAUUUUAGUAUGGAUCA